GUUCUAGAACGUUGCUGUGGUAGCGCCCGGGCGCCAUGUUAGGACGAAGGGGAAGGAGGCGAAGCGCGUAAAGCGGCCGAGCGGGAGCGGGGUCGGAGCGUGGCCGCGGUAGCCCCCUCCCUCCCGCCUCAGUGGAUCAUGCCCAGGGCGGCAGCGGCGGCGCUUGCGGGGGGGCAGUGACUGGGCGGCGCCGCGCCAGAGACGAUGCCGUUUCCAGUUACGACGCAGGGACCACAGCAGAGCCGGCCGCCCCAGAAGCACUAUGGUAUCACCUCUCCCAUCAGCCUAGCAGCACCCAAGGAGACGGACUGCUCGCUCACACAGAGGCUUGUGGAAACUCUGAAGCCUUUUGGGGUGUUUGAAGAGGAGGAAGAACUGCAGCGCAGGAUUUUAAUUUUGGGAAAAUUAAAUAACCUGGUUAAAGAGUGGAUACGAGAAAUCAGUGAAAGCAAGAAUCUUCCACAGUCCGUAAUUGAAAAUGUUGGAGGAAAAAUUUUUACAUUUGGAUCUUACAGAUUAGGAGUACACACAAAAGGUGCUGAUAUUGAUGCGCUGUGUGUUGCCCCCAGACACGUUGAUCGAAGUGACUUUUUCACCUCCUUCUAUGAUAAAUUGAAAUUACAAGAAGAAGUAAAGGAUUUAAGAGCUGUGGAAGAGGCAUUUGUGCCUGUCAUCAAACUGUGUUUUGAUGGGAUAGAGAUUGACAUUUUGUUUGCAAGAUUAGCACUGCAGACUAUUCCAGAAGAUUUGGACUUACGGGAUGACAGUCUGCUUAAAAAUUUAGAUAUAAGAUGCAUAAGAAGUCUUAAUGGUUGCAGGGUAACCGAUGAAAUUUUACAUCUAGUACCAAACAUUGACAACUUCAGGUUAACUCUGAGAGCUAUCAAACUGUGGGCCAAACGCCACAACAUCUAUUCCAAUAUCUUAGGCUUCCUCGGUGGUGUCUCCUGGGCCAUGCUAGUAGCAAGAACUUGCCAGCUGUAUCCAAAUGCAAUAGCGUCAACUCUUGUACAUAAAUUUUUCUUGGUAUUUUCUAAAUGGGAAUGGCCAAAUCCAGUGCUAUUGAAACAGCCUGAAGAAUGCAAUCUUAAUUUGCCUGUAUGGGACCCAAGGGUCAACCCCAGUGAUAGGUACCAUCUUAUGCCUAUAAUUACACCAGCAUACCCACAGCAGAACUCCACGUACAAUGUGUCCGUUUCAACACGGAUGGUCAUGGUUGAGGAGUUCAAACAAGGUCUGGCUAUCACAGAUGAAAUUUUGCUGAGUAAGGCGGAGUGGUCCAAACUUUUUGAAGCUCCAAACUUCUUUCAGAAGUACAAGCAUUAUAUUGUACUUCUAGCAAGUGCACCAACAGAAAAACAACGCCUAGAAUGGGUGGGCUUGGUGGAAUCAAAAAUUCGAAUCCUGGUUGGAAGUUUGGAGAAGAAUGAAUUUAUCACCCUGGCGCAUGUGAAUCCUCAGUCGUUUCCGGCCCCCAAGGAGAAUCCUGACAAAGAAGAGUUCCGCACAAUGUGGGUGAUUGGGUUGGUGUUUAAGAAAACCGAGAGCUCUGAAAACCUCAGUGUGGAUCUCACCUAUGACAUUCAGUCUUUUACAGACACAGUUUAUAGGCAAGCAAUAAACAGCAAGAUGUUUGAGGUGGAUAUGAAAAUUGCUGCAAUGCAUGUAAAAAGAAAGCAACUCCAUCAACUGCUACCUAAUCAUGUGCUUCAAAAAAAGAAAAAGCAUUCAACAGAAGGGGUGAGAUUGACAGCUCUGAAUGACAGCAGCCUCGACUUGUCUAUGGACAGUGACAACAGCAUGUCUGUGCCUUCUCCUACGAGUGCUAUGAAGACCAGUCCAUUGAACAGUUCUGGCAGCUCUCAGGGCAGAAACAGUCCCGCUCCAGCUGUGACAGCAGCCUCUGUGACCAGCCUCCCGGCUCCUGACGUGUCUGUACCACAAGUCAAUCCCAGUGAGAGCUCAGGGGGUUCAUCGAGCGAAAGCAUUCCUCAAACUGCCACACAGCCAGCCGUUUCUCCACCACCAAAGCCUACGGUCUCCAGAGUGGUUUCCUCAACACGUCUGGUAAACCAGCCCCCUAGACCUUCAGGAAACGCAGCAACAAAAAUACCUAAUCCCAUAGUAGGAGUCAAGAGGACCUCCUCUCCUCACAAAGAAGAGAGUCCCAAGAAAACCAAAACAGAAGAGGAUGAAACAAGUGAAGAUGCUAACUGUCUUGCUUUGAGUGGACAUGAUAAAACAGAAAUGAAGGAACAACUUGAUACAGAGACAAGUACAGCUCCGUCAGAGACUCUUCAGACAGCGGCUUCUCUGUUGGCUUCUCAGAAAACAUCCAGUACAGACCUUUCUGAUAUUCCUGCUCUCCCUGCAAAUCCUAUUCCUGUUAUCAAGAAUUCAAUAAAACUGAGAUUGAAUCGGUAAAAAUCACCUCAGGGGUCCAUAACUAAUAUCUGCCAACUCAACCUGUUGUCUUCAAAUGCUCCCAAAGGAGAAAGGAGGGUACGAGACUAGACGUGAUGACGUGGAUUAGGCGUUUUGGGCGGCCCCCUCACUGGGUUAAUCAGCACUUGAUCGGAAGUCCAGGUUCGUAUGUGAAGCCAGGAGUACUAUUAUUAAUGUGUUAGCAACAGUCGCAUUAACUAUUUCAAAGACUACUGCCUUUAAAAAACAAAACAACAAAAAAAACACCACCUCAAGUUAUAUUUGUAUCCAUAAUUGACAUCUGGAUUGGGUUUAUGUUUGAUGCGUUGUUUGGAAAUUUUGCAAUACAAACUGGCAUAAGAAUUCCUUAUUCUGAUGAUGCACUUUUAUGUAUUUUUUAUUAGAAAGUAGAACUAAUUUUAGAUUUUCAGCUUGAUGGAUUUUCGUUUUUUCCUGAAGCAUUUUCUUUACCAUUCGUCUUCAAAUUGGAUAGCAUCGUGUGAGGUUGACGCUGCACCCAGAGACUGGG